AUGGCGCCGCUACCUCACUAUAGAUGUGGCUGUGCUUGCUGCUGCACCUCCUGCCGGCCCCUGCUGAGGCAUGGCCGUCUCAUCAGCAAGCUCGCCUCCGUCCGUCCUGCGUUGCGCCCCUGCUGGCCUCGCCGGAAUUCGUCAAGUUCAGCACAGCCGCGCCCUCUAACCUCCCCUGUUACCCGCGCCGUCACCGUUCGUCUUCAACCCCGGGACCGCUGCUUCGUCAUCCACCUCGGCUCUGGCCACCAUGAACGCCUCUUGCCCAAGCUCUUCCUCCUGUGGGGUGUAGAGCUGCACCACCACCACCCGGAGGCCCCUUGCAGUCUUCGUUUCGGAACACCAAGAAGCUGA